AUGGAUGUCGAAGCCUUCAUUUUGAAUCAAAUAACUUCGAAAACUCCUCCUUUGCCUCUUGACCUUGAUAGAUCAUUAUUGUUGAAUGAGUUGAGAUUGGCUGACCCAGGUUUCAACGUCCCAGGUCCUAUUGAUAUUUUGUUAGGAUCUGACAAGGCCUGGAGUAUUUUGCUUGAUGGUCGUCGCCUUGAUAACAACGAUAACUUGAUUGCCCACAAUACCAUUUUUGGGUGGGUAAUAACCGGUAAAUGUCCAAAGGAGGAAAUUAUUUCCUUAACAGUAGGGAUUAUGCAGGAUGUUGAUGUUCUUCUGAAAUCGUUUUGGGAAAUUGAAGAACUUCCACAUAACACCUAUUCAUUGGAUUCUGGUGAUUUUGCAGACUCUCAUUUUUGCAAAACUUUCUCUCGAGGUCCUGAUAACAAGUAUGUCGUGGAGUUGCCUUUUCGUCAAAAGGAAGUUGAUUUUAGAAACACUCUUUCAGGAGCAUUAUCUCGGUUGUUUGCAAUGGAGCGUCGCUUCUCUCACCAGGAAAAUCUUCGCUUGGAGUAUUGUCGGUUUAUGGAAAUUUAUCAGGAGUUAGGGCACAUGGAGAGUAUUCCAGAAAGGGAAAUUGAACCGACUUCUGGUAAAAUUUUCUACUUACCUCAUCACGCGGUUGUAACAAACAAAUUACGUGUUGUUUUCGACGAGUCUCAUAAGGAUGCAAACGGUACCAGCUUAAAUGAGAUGUUACAUAUAGGACCUCCACUUCAGCGUAAUUUGAUUAAUGUUUGUUUGCGGUUUAGAGUUCCUAGAUAUGUUUUUUGUGCUGACAUUAUCAAGAUGUUUCGCCAAAUUUGGGUGGAUAAAAAACAUCGUGACUUUCAACGCAUUGUGUGGCGAAAAAGUCCUGAUCAACCUAUCAAACACUAUCGACUGUGUACAGUCACUUACGGAACUUCUCCUGCCCCAUUUCUAUCGAUGCGAGUUCUGAAACAACUUGCCAUAGAUUAUGCGGAUAAGUUCCCUGUUGCAUCACAUGCUAUAUUGCAUGAUUUUUAUGUUGACGAUAUAAUGACCGGUUCGGAUUCUAUAUUUUAG